CGGAGGCGUGGUCACGUGACUGCCGCCAGCCCGCCAAGAUGGCGGCCUCCGCGGUGGCUCUGCCUGCGCUGCUUCUCCUGCUGCUGCUGCUGCUGCUGCUGGGCGGAUGGAAGCGCUGGCGGCGGAGGCACGCGGCCCGGCACGUGGCCGUCGUGGUGCUGGGAGACGUGGGCCGCAGCCCCCGCAUGCAGUACCACGCGCUGUCGCUGGCCAAGCACGGCUUCUUCGUGACCCUCCUGGGGUUCUACAACUCCAAACCUUAUGAUGAGAUCUUACAGAGCAAUAGAAUUCAGAUUGAGGGGUUGAGAGAACUUCCCAGAUUUGCAGUUGGACCCCGCGUUCUCCAGUACGGAGUCAAAGUUGUCUUUCAGGUAGUGCAGCUGCUGUAUGCUUUGUUGGUAAAGGUGGCGCCAUCAGCCUACAUCUUCCUCCAGAACCCCCCAGGCCUGCCCGCCAUUGCCGUCUGCUGGUGUGUGGGCUGCCUCUGCGGGAGCAAGCUUGUCAUCGACUGGCACAACUAUGGCUACUCCAUUAUGGGCUUGGAGCAUGGCCCCAACCACCUGCUCGUUCAGCUGGCCAAGUGGUACGAGAAGCUCUGGGGGCGCCUGUCGCACCUGAACCUGUGUGUGACCAAUGCCAUGAGGGAGGACUUGGCCGAGAACUGGGGCAUCAAAGCUGUGACCGUCCAUGACAAGCCAGCAUCUUUCUUUAAAGAGACGCCGCUGGACCUGCAGCACCAGCUCUUUGUGAAGCUGGCUCAAACCCACGCUGCCUUCAGGGACAGCGCGGAGCUGGCGGACCCGGGCCUGGAGAGGACCAUCUUCACGGAGCAGGAUCCUUGGAGCGGGGCAGUGGCGCAUCGGCCGGGGCGGCCGGCCCUGCUGGUCAGCAGCACAAGCUGGACAGAGGAUGAAGACUUCUCCAUCUUGCUGGUGGCCUUAGAAAAGUUUGAACAGCUGCCCACGGAUGGAGAAAACCUUCCUUCCCUCGUCUGUGUGAUCACAGGCAAAGGGCCCCUGAAGGACCAUUACAGCCGCCUCAUCAGCCAGCAGUGCUUCCAGCGUGUCCGAGUGUGCAUGCCGUGGCUGGAGGCCGAGGACUACCCUUUGCUUCUAGGGUCGGCGGACCUGGGCGUCUGCCUGCACAAGUCCUCCAGCGGCCUGGACCUGCCCAUGAAGGUGGUGGACAUGUUCGGGUGCUGCUUGCCCGUGUGCGCCGUCCACUUCAAGUGUUUACAUGAGCUGGUGAAGCAUGAGGAGAACGGCUUGGUCUUCAAGGAUGGGGAGGAACUAGCCACUCAGCUGAAGAUGCUUUUCUCAAAAUUUCCUGAUCCUGCUGGCAAACUACACCAGUUCCGGAAGAACCUGCAGGAGUCCGAGCAGCUUCGCUGGGACAAGAGCUGGGAGCAGAUUGUGCUCCCCCUGAUUACGGACAGUUGUUCCAGGGGAACUGCUUAGCUUCUACUCCUCUCUAUGCCGCCAUCUUGCCCCUCUGCAGUGUAGUUUUUGAAUCUUCCUGAGUCUCCACGAGAACUGCCAGACCAGGACAACACUUACAACAAAACUAGGUGACAAGGUAUUCCUGUGACACCCAAAUAGAAACAAGUGGGGACGAACCACCAGCAGGUACAACACCAUGGGGUAAAAGUGUCUGUGGCAGACAGGUGAGGGAAGCAACGGGGUGUCCCACAGAGCUGAGGCCAGGAGACCCCAAUGGCCAAGAGCCAGCCACCGGAAAGUGCAGACAGAGGCCAAACUGAGGACGGACAGCAGACAGCACCAGGAGGGCACUCAGCCUUCCUAGCAGCAGCAAGGCCUGAAUCAGAACUGGAAACACUUGGAAAUGUGUGGCUACGUUCGCAUGUGUGGCUACAUUCGCACGAACCGCAAACGUCACUUUGGAAAGGAAGACCAUGCUAGAAGGAACUUAGGAGUGACAAAAACAAACACAUAGACUCUUUAAUAAGAGUCUAGGGGUGAAAAGGAAAACUUUUUAAAAUUGAUAAGAAGUGAAGAGAUAUACAGGAUUUAAGAAAAAAUGACACAGAAUGAAGAUAGGCAAAGAAGACUCAAUAUAGUGGAGAAAACGAUAGCCAAGAACAAAUACUAAAAGUUGUAAUUCAAGAAAACUUUCCGAAAAAAAACAGAAAGAAAGAUUUGAAGUAAACAUUGAGAGAGCACACAUACCGCCCCCGAGAUUACAGACCCAGGACGAUCAACCUGAAGACAUUCUAGGAAAAUUACUGGGCUUCAAAGAAAAGCCAUAUCCUUUGGCCUUCUACAAGAAAAGAGCACAUGACUUAUAAGGAAAAGAAAAUUAGAUUAUCGUAGGCUUUUCCACAGCAACACCUAUUUUUAUGCCAAAGAAAAUGGAAUGACGUAUUUAAGAAACUCAAGGAAAGAAAAUGUGCAUCAGGAUUCUGUAUCCAGCUAACUAACUCCAAGUUUAAAUGGCUCAAGCUAUUACCAGCAUUUAGGAACUCGGGGAAGAUUGACCCCUGGGUCCUUUCUAAAGAAUCUACUAGAAAAGGAACUUGAGACAACUGAAAUGCCUGGAGAGGGCUCGGUGAGCUCUAGGUACACAGUUACCUGCAGAACUGAGACCAAGUGAGACUUCAAAGGGCAAGAUUAUAGCAUCUGGGUUAGGUCGAACAAUGGCCCUCAAAGAUGUCUCUCUGCUAGUUCGCAGAACCUUCAGUUAUGUUACAUGGGAAAAAAAAAAAGAUGUGCUGAAGGUUACAGGUCUUGAAUGGGGAGUUAUCCUUGAUUAUCCAGGUGGGCCCAGCUGAAUCACAGGAGCCUUUAAAAGUAACCGUUCCCUCCCUGGCUAAAGUCUGAGAGACGCAGAGGAGGUGGCAGCAGGAGAGAGCGGGAGUGGGAGGGGAACUCAACCCUGUGGCUGGCUUUGAGGAUGAAGG